AUGCGUAUUAACCCAAAUGAACUUUCUCGGAUGAAACGCAAAAUGCAAAUGGCCUUCCAUCCCGAUAAAUUUGCACGCGCCACUAAGGAGGAGCAAGAGAUCGCAACUACUGUGUCCACGCAGAUUAACGAUGCGUACACGGUCCUUUCCAACCCAGUUACACGGGCUGAGUACAUCCUAACGCUUAAUGGAAGCCCAUGCUCAUCUGAUGAUGUUGCUAUUACCGAUACUGCCUUCCUCGCUGAUGUUCUAGAGGUCAACGAACAUGUGGACGAUUUGGCUGAGAUGGUUAAGACGGAGGAGUGUAAGCAGACUUUGGAACGGGUUCUUGCUGCGCUUUACGCCAUCGUGAUGACACGAUGGGGUAAGGAAAUGGAUCAGUUGACCCGGUUCAUCGAAGCGGCCAAUUGGGAGGCCGCACACCAAGCUCUCUCGCGCCUCCGUUACUAUGAGCGAAUAAAGAGGCGACUGUUGGAGCUGAGGCCUGAUUUCGCGAUGAGAGGCAUCAGGACCCCCUUUGAUGGUAGGGGAGCUGACUGUGAUUCGGCCUUGGGAUAA